CAUCUAUCUUUUGCCGGUGGAAUUUGUACUUUUACUAUUAAAAUUGGCUGUAAUGACCAUAAUGUUAUCUUCUUUUGCACAAGGAUUGAGACCUGAUGCAUUCCUGAGUUUUCAAGCAAAAGAUUCCAGCAUUUUGGCUGACAAACUAUACAAUGCUCUGCAUGAGAGUAAGAUUAAUGUUUUCAAAGAUGUUGAGAGCUUGGAAUUGGGGAAACAUAAUUGUCGAACUCAGCUCAAAGCAUUAAGAGAGUCUAGGGUUUCAAUUAUUGUAUUCUCUUCAUCCUAUGGUGUUUCUCCUUGGUGUCUUGACACACUUGUUUUGAUCAUCAAUGAUAUGAAAACAAAGGGCAAAUUGGUUUUGCCAGUUUUCUACAAAGUAAAUCCUUCAGGCGUCCAUCCAACAGGAAGUCUUCAUUUAACAGUGGCCCAGUAUGAAAGCAUGCUCAAUGAUGAUGAUGAGACAAAGGAGUACGAGCGGAAGUUGGCUUUGUGUGAAGCAGCUCACAUGCAUGGUUGGAGCAUCAAACAACAGGAAGAAUUUGAUGCAAUUAUCCCACGCAUUGUUGAAGAAGUCUCUCGUGGCAAUUGUUGUGAACAUCAAAUGAGAUCUGCAAAGUCCACUGAGAACACUAUCCGUUAUCAAGGACGUCCAAGACAUGACGUAUUCCUGAGUUAUAGAGAAACGAAACGAUCCAACAUUUUCGUGGACAAUCUAUAUGAUGCUCUAUAUGAGAGCAAGAUUAAAGCUUUCAAAGAUGUUUGGAGCUCCGGAUGCAGGGAAGAUUUUUGCCCACCAGUGCUCAGAGCAAUUGAAGAGUCCAGCAUUUUUGUUAUUGUAUUCUCUGAAUACUAUGCAUAUUCUCCAUGGUGUCUUGACACGCUUGCAAGGAUCCUUGAUAGCAUUGAAACAAAUGACAAAGUGGUUUUGCCAGUUUUCUAUGAUGUAGAUCCUUCAGACGUGAAAUAUCAAACAGGAAGUUUUGGAUCAGCAUUGGCCGACCACGAAUGCAAAUUCAUGGAUAGCAUGGAAAAGGUGCAGAGGUGGAAGUUGGCUCUGUCUGAAGUAUCUCAUGUGCAUGGUCGAAGCUUGAAAGAAGGGGAAGAACAUGAUGUUAUCCCAAGCAUAGUUGAAGACGUUUAUGCUCUCAUUUGCGUUGAUCAUUCAACAAACUCUGGAGUCAAUUGAGAACAAUGCAUGCUAUAUAUAUCAAGUGACUCACUGGUGAAAUGCAUAACAACCCCAGGAGUUUACAAGGAACUUUGCGGAGUUAACAGAGACCAUAAUGAGUAAUAAGAUUGUUUUUUUGUCGUUCCUCUUUUCUUAGCAAGUUACUGUUGACAUUUUAAGGCAUGGCAUUUCUUAUACUUGCCUUCCACUAAUUGAAUUUUAAUCAGUUUUGCAAUACGGGUUAGAUGGUGACCAGUGAAGUCGAUUAUGAUUUUA